AUGUCGAAAAUAACGGAAACUGAUAGUUCAGAUGAUGAUAUACUUUAUUCAAUCAAAUCAGAUAUAAGUGAUAUUGAUAGUAAUGAUGUCGAAAAAGAUAAUGUAAGUUGUGAUUCAGAUGUAUCCUGUGAAUCAGCUGAUAACGAAGGUGUUACAACAAAUACGAGACAAUAUGAAUCAUGGUCAGAAAAAAAGUUAAAAUCUAAUUUACCAUAUUAUGAUGAUAAAUUAAAAUUAUCAAAUGAUUUUAAGUCGAAUAUAUCACUAAAUGCUACACCAAUAGACUUUUUUCAUUAA